AUGGUCAGCAACGAAUUGAUUCGCCUCGAAGGCCUCCGGGAGAAUAUGAAGAAGCGACCGCAGUCAGCUACAGAGCCCGGAAGAGUACAAAAGACAGCCAAGAGGACUCCAAUCAGUACCAUGGGAGCCGACACGUAUCGAAACAGCGACCUGCCCAGCAGGCUCGGAGUAGAGAGCAGCGGACAAGAAUGCAAUAUUCCCCAGGCAUUUGCGACCGUCCGUGAACACGACAGCACAUCACUGCAAGUUGGAGAAUGGGCAUUUGAAGGCCUGAAUACGAUUCCCGACAAUGAUUGGCGAGAUUUAACCAAUGUUGGGCAGAGGACCUUGGCCACGGCUAACGGUGUGGCAACUAGCAAUGAUCGGUCUUCUGUGGAUAGAGCUUCCCGCCUGACCCCGAGCAACUGCGAGUUGGAGCUUACCUUUACGAGCGCAAACACGCUUACACGUUUUGAUAGCCAAUGGUUGGAUGAUACGGAUGCGAACUUUGCAAAUGACAGCGAUUGGUCAUUUGCCCCAGCUGCGAAUGCGCAUGUACUUGAGCCAUCUAUCUAA